AUGAAAGCAUUUGUGAAUAAGAUACAAUUUCGCAAAUCGAGCGAAAGUUUAAAAGAAGACGAUGAAUUUUUUCUGGAGAGAAAGCAAUUAAAUUCUCUUCAUAGUUAUUUUUCUCAUUCUUUAUUAUAUUUAGAAAGAUUAGAAGAUGCUAUAAAAAAUAUAAAUAUAAUGAUAAGUGAUUUAAAUAGAAGUUUAAUGUUAUUCUUUGAGCAAGAAGUACAUUUGGAUAUAGUAAAACAUGUUUCUUAUAUAUUAGAUUCUUUUAGUGAUGUAAGAGAAAAGACAACUAGCCGAAUUGCAAAAUCAAGAGUGCUAGUUAAUAAUACAUUAGAUAAAAUAAAGAAAUUACAGAGUUUAUGUAUAAAAAAAAAAAAUUUAGGUUCAUCUAUUGAUCAUUAUGAAAAAAAAAUUAGGAAGUUACAAAUGGUUCCUUCACCUAAUCAAAAACAUCUUGAUAAAAUUAUUAGAAAUCAGCAUAAAUUAAAUAUUGUAAAAACUGAUUUUUUACAACAUCAUGAAUAUAUAAAGAAGGGAUUUGAUAUUGUUUUGGAAAAUAAGACGCACAAAGUUUUGUUCGACGCGAGAAAGGAUUUAGAGCUUCUUCUCAGUUAUUUUUCGUUAAUGAAUUCUGUAUCCCUUAAGUUAAAAGACCCCUUAAAGGAAUUAAAAUUCAAGUAUCAGGAUGUCAAAUCCGACAAGUUCCCUGUUGAAUACAACUUUUUUCAGGAAGAAGAAGAUAGGAUGAAUAUUUUUGCAGAUCCGAAAAAGUUUGAACAUCGAAAUCCUUUUAAUCAAGAAUUCCCACGUUUAGAAAAUAAAAAUUAUAAACAUUCGACUAGCGAAAAUCAUGCAACUACUGCACAACAAACAAAUGAAAAAAAAGAAAACGGUUUUUUUAAAAUAAAAUCUCUUUUAGGAGUUAAUGAUAAAUCUGUACAAAAAGUUAAAAGUUUAUCAUCUCCUAAUAUUACACCUAUAUUCCCUCAAUGA